AAGCGAUAUAGGCAGAUUUUUAUUGGCUGUUGGCUAACUGGCUUCUUAUUGGUCUAAAAUAUAAAUUAAGCGGUAAUUUGUUAUUUUGACACGGAAAUUUACAGGCAGUUUAAUUGAACGUACUUUACCAUAAUAUAAUCACGUGUUAAUUUUAUGGGUGUGAGUGUAGUGUGAUGAUUCACAGGCUAUUUGGAUGCAUUAGUGGUACAUAAAGGUACAUUAAGAUAUCUGAAAUUGUAUAUUAAGUCAAUAUAAAUCAACAGUACAUAUAUUGAUACAUUUAUUUUAAGUCUAAAAUAGGAUAUGUGCAUUUUUGCCUACUAGACGAACAUGACUCAUUGAGAUGUCUGAGAAUGUUAAUGUGAAAUAGGAUGUGUGCAUUUUCGCUUACUAGAAGAAUGUGAUUCAACCGCAAUUUCUAGACACUUAAUGAGUAUUUAAUUAGCACACCUUUUAAGUUGUCAGUUCAGUGGCCUGUCAUAUGUGCUUUACAGGUAAGUAUAAAUCAGCUAAAUUUACUAGGUCACAACAGUGGUAUAUAAGCACUGAAAUAUAUACUAUAGUUCAUUUACUUGAAAUCAUUGUGUUGUGUUCGUUAGGAAACCACUAAAUGAUGUUGUCAAAUACUCCUACUGCCUCUACUUCACGUAAUGUGUCAUCUCUAUUGUGUGAUGUAACAGCUACAUUCGGAAGAAUAAUGCUCUGCUGCGUAUUUUAUACGUGGGUACAGUUUAAGGAAGCUUUUAACGAUUUUAUGAAGGUACUAACUAAGUUGUUCAUUAUUUAUUUGAAAGGAAUCCAACACAUCUUAUCGGGUUGAUUCAAGUAAAAAGGAUUCAUCCGAUCCUAUGGAAUAUAAGUUUGUGAGAUUUAAAUGCACUUUUGGAUGUAUACGUGCUCCCCGAGGGGCUGGCUUUAGGAACAGAGGGUAAGUCGACUGUGCUUGUAAAUUUUGAAAAUUUUAAGGUUCAAAAGUACUUCAUGUGAGUCAACAAUUAUGGUACGGCGUACAUCCGACGGAUACAAAAUAACAAAUUACCAAACUGUGCAUAACCAUCCAUGCACAGCAAGUUUCAUGUCCACCGAUGUAUCUAGACGUCGGCUAUCAUCUGAAGAAAUGACAGUUGUACAACCGUUCAUUGAAAGGAACACUGAUGUCCAUGAAGUCAUGGAUUUUGCGCAUGAGAAAUUCAGCAAAGUGCUCCUGUAUAAUGAUAUUAAAAACAUGCGAGCUAUGAUGAAUAAACAAAUCGGUAGUUUAGAAGACCUUCUUCAUCGACUGAGGCAGACAGGUCCAGUUAGUGUUCUGCAGGACAAUGCAGGCUUCGUAUCGAAAAUUAUUUUCGCGCGUAAUGAUAUGAUAGACCUCUAUCAUAAGUUUCCAGAAGCAGUUGGAAUUGAUUCUACCUAUAAAACGAAUAAGAUGGGAUGGCCUUUAUAUCAGUUUGUUGUGACUGAUGGAUUCGGAAGAGGAAGGACUGUUUUGUUUGCUGUUACUAGGAGGGAACGGUUUGCAGAUAUGAAGGAGAUAUUGCAAACGUUUAAGGGAUUUAUGGGUGAUAUAUCGAAAACACAAACAUUCACUGUCGACUGUGCAACUGCACAGAUCAAAGCUAUAAAGGAGGAAUUCCCCAGGUGCAGCAUUAUUUUAUGUCUUUUCCAUGUAUGCCAGGCAUUCAGAAGGAGGUUCCCAAAUCAACGUGUUAAAAAAUGGUUGUAUCGAAUGGCGCACACGCGCAGUUAUGACAGGUUUUGGAAUUACCUCAACCUCAUAAGUAUUAUAGACGCCGAGGCUGGUGCUUACGUUAGAAGGUACUGGCUAAGGACACGGAAAUAUUGGGCCGCAUCAUGCAACCGGUUCACCAUCAGUAUGGGGAACAAUACUAACAACAGAGUGGAGAACGCUCAUAGGCAGUUGAAAAGGUAUUUACGUAAAGGUGAUCCGCUGGAACUGACACUAUGGAAAAUAUGGAGGUGGAUUGACCACACAACCAUACGUAAAAUACAUCAAGGCCAGUGGAUGCUUCGUAAAUGCUACAAUUACGAUGUAAGUUUCAAGAUAAUUUACGAUUUCUCCUAGGUGCAAACUUCACUGCAGUCUAAAUUACGGUGUCUCACUCCGUUUGCUGCCCAGAAAGUUGUCUUAGACUUGCAAAGGCGCAUGUUCUUCUUUCUUUCAAUAUCUUCCACCGCAGUCAAUUACGCAGAAGGAAGUCACAUCUUCUUCGUAAACAGAAAUGAGGCGAAAUGCACAUGUUGGACAUACUGUGCAUACAAUUUGCCAUGUGCACAUGUCGUUGAGGCGUUCUUAAACUCAUAUCUAAACUGUGGUAUGUUCCAUUUCUUUAAAUGUUACUCUUAGAUAUUCUGAGAAAUAGUGAGAGGUGGACACGUCUAUAUAACACAGAGGACAACAUUCCGCGAGCCAUCCGCAUAGCACCGGAACCAAACAACGCGUUCCGAAAUGCUUAUGAACGUCUCAGAUGUCGUCUCAUCCGUCUGAACCAAAGAAAUCCAAAUGGUACACUGCAGAAAAUAGACGAGGUCAUUAGAAAUUUAGACGAUAUGCUAACAAAUGAUCCACAAACAACUUUAAGAUUACGGCGUGCCCCUGUUAAUCGAUUAUUCUUGUGAAAAUGUUUGUACUAACUUAUUGUUUCCAUUUGUAUCCAUAAUAAAAACAUGUAUAUCUACAAUGCUGUUACACUUUCUUUCCCUUCAAAUGCCUGAGAGCGACAGUCUAAAGCAUACUUUGGUUGUUUGUUUCGUGAUGACAGCGCUUUACAGUCAGCUAUAAAUUACACCGAUCUGAGCCUUAUUCACUACGUUUUUCAGCCGAGCAUUUCUGGUUCUAAGCAUAUCCUGAAUAAUGUUGAUUAAUACGAUUUAUCACUUAGACCACAGCACCACCAAGCUUACAACAAUUCUAAACUUAUUCUAACCUAUUCCUCGAUAAUGCCUUUUUACGGUCUUAUUUACCUACCGUGUUCUGAAAUGCCACUGGUUGUGCUUAAUAAGAACUGCGUGCCGAAUUGAAUCUUUUCGCUCUGAAGUAACGGCAUUCAAUGCUUAAUAUGUCUUGUCAGGCUGGAAAAACGCUAAUAAGCAAACCCAGUAGGUUUGAUUUAGUGCCAGUCAUGCUGGAAAACCAGCGCACAGUUUCAUGUCAAACAAUGGCGAACAGUUAGGGAGUUUACUUAUUAAAUAAUGUUAGUAUAUUAGAAUAGUAUACGUGAAAUGGCUCAAUGAUUGCAGAUUUGCCAUAAUCUUUAACUACCAACAUAAUAACUGGGAAAUUCAGGCUAAAUAUAAGCUUAAUAGAAGCAUCCAGUGACAAAAACUGACACACACACUGCAAAAUGCGUAAAACAUUCAAAAAACCUUUAAAAUUCAAUGGAAAACGAAUUCACGGAAACACAUAACCAGCCGACGCAGGAACUCAUCAUGACCUUGAAACUGACUAUAGCCUCUUUCGU